UCACUUUGCGGAAUAAACAAAACCAAUGAAUCCAACGAAACCUCGUUUCACUUCUCCAUUUCUCUUUCACUCUCUUUCCAAUCAAUCAAAUCAUCUUCUCCACUUUCGUCUCUUAUUCAUCUUCCUCCCCACCUAAACUCAAACAUUAUGUUGUCCGAAUCUCUUUUCUCUCUCUUAACAGAAGACCUACUAAUCCGAAUCCUCCAAAAACUCGAUUCAGAUCGGAAAUCAUGGCGGUUAGUAUGCAAAGAUUUCAAUCGGGUCGAAUCUUUAACCCGAAAGAACAUCCGGAUUCUCCGCGUUGAAUUUUUAAUCGGAUUACUUCAAAAGUAUUGCAACAUUGAAAUGCUUGAUUUUUCAAUGUGUCCGCGAAUUGACGAUGGAGCAGUGUCGAUUUUACUGAGUCACGGAUCGGCGAGUUGGACUCGGGGAGUUAGGAAGUUAGUACUGAGUCGAACUACCGGGUUAGGCUACUUUGGUUUGGAGAAGUUGGUUAGGGCUUGUCCGUUAUUGGAGGCGGUUGAUGUGUCACAUUGUUGGACUUAUGGUGACAGAGAGGCUGAUGCGCUAUCGUGCGCUGUGGGGUUGAGGGAACUUAAUAUGGAUAAGUGUUUAGGAGUUAGUGAUAUUGGGUUGGCGAAGAUUGCUAUUAGGUGUAGUAAGUUGGAGAGGUUGAGUUUGAAGUGGUGUUUGGAGGUUUCUGAUAUGGGGAUUGAUCUUCUUUCUAAAAAAUGCUUGGAUUUGAAAUUUCUUGAUGUUUCUUAUCUUAAGAUAACAAGUGAAUCGUUACGAUCAAUAGCUUCUCUGUUAAAACUCGAGGUUUUCAUUAUGGUGGGAUGCUAUUUAGUGGAUGAUGUGGGAUUGAGGUUUCUUGAAAAAGGAUGUCCACUACUUAAGGCAAUUGAUGUAUCAAGGUGUAACUGUGUUAGCCCAUCUGGCUUAUUAUCCGUAGUUACCGGACACGUUGGUCUUGAGCAGAUGGGUGCAGGAUACUGCCUCUCUGAGCUGUCAGCGCCUCUUAUUAAUGGCUUGAAGAAUUUAAAGCAGUUGAGCAUAAUUAGAAUUGAGGGUGUCCGCGUUUCUGAUUUUAUCCUCGAGAUCAUUGGCACCAAUUGCAAAUCUUUAGUUGAACUUGGUUUAAGCAAAUGUAUAGGGGUGACCAACAUUGGAAUUAUGCAGCUAGUAUUUGGCUCCGUCAAUUUGAAGACACUUGAUUUGACCUGUUGUCGUUUCAUAACUGAUGCAGCCAUCUCUACUAUAGCAAACUCUUGUCCAAACCUUACAUGUCUGAAGUUAGAGUCUUGUGAUAUGGUUACCGAGAUCGGUCUGUAUCAGCUUGGAUCGAGUUGCUUGCUGCUUGAAGAGCUUGACCUUACUGAUUGCUCUGGCAUAAAUGACAUAGCACUCAAAUAUCUAUCAAGGUGCUCAGAACUUGUAAGAUUGAAGUUAGGACUAUGCACAAACAUAUCAGACAUAGGAUUGGUGCACAUUGCUUGUAACUGCCAAAAAUUGACUGAACUUGACCUCUAUCGCUGUGUACGUAUAGGAGAUGAUGGGCUAGCAGCACUCUCAACUGGAUGCAACAAGUUGACCAUGCUCAACCUAUCAUAUUGCAAUAGAAUUACAGACACAGGGCUGAAGUGUAUCGGCUAUCUAGUCGAACUCUCUGAUCUUGAGUUGCGUGGGCUUUCGAACAUCACAAGCAUUGGUAUUAAAGCAGUUGCAGUCAGUUGCAAGAGGUUGGCUGAUUUAGAUUUGAAACAAUGUGAAAAAAUUGAUGAUUCGGGUUUUUGGGCCCUUGCGUAUUAUUCACAAAACCUACGGCAGAUAAAUAUGAGCUACUGUAACGUGUCGGAUCGUGUGCUGUGCCUGCUUAUGGGUAACCUGAAACGCCUCCAGGAUGCCAAACUGGUUCAUCUUGAUAAUGUCACUGUACAAGGAUUGGAGCUUGCCCUUAGAUCUUGUUGUGGUCGGAUUAAAAAGGUUAAACUGCAGAGUUCUCUAAGGUUUUCGCUUUCCUCAGAAAUACUGGAAACAAUCCAUGCACGAGGCUGCAAGAUCAGAUGGGAUUAGCUACACUAUUGGUGAAAUUGGAAGUGAAAGUGUGUCACUUAGUUCUCAAUUAAGUUAGUUAAGUUGUUUCAGUUAGUUGCACUAAUGCUAAGUAAUUAGCUGGAACUGAAUAUUACUGAAAACAACAAUAAGUUACUCCUUCAAACUUAGCAUUAGUUUAACUAACUUAUUUGACAACUAUAAUUUGACAUAUUAUACAUUUAUACUAGCUUUUGUUUGAAGGGAUGCUACUUCAUUGAUGAUUUAUGAUACAUUUGAUUCAAAAUUUAAAUAUCUCUGGCACGGUUUCCCCUUGAAUUCUAUUAUAUCCUAAUAAGCUGUAUAUGAGACAGUGAUCAUAUUUUUUA